UGGUAGUGUUGCAAUGUCGUUAAUUUGUCGCCCAAAACCCCCGGAAAAGAUCACUUGGAAAUCAGAAUUCGAUGGAGUUCUUUCCUCUCAUGUAUGUGGAAUACUUGUUGUCGAAUUGCUGAAGUUCUUGGCGUUUGAACGGCAUCAGCUACCAGCGCCAUUCGAUCAAAUAAAGGGACAAGUUCGACAAAAACGUAUUGAAAGGCCCCCCUGCAUUCCCGGCAUGCCCACCGAAAGAAUUGAACCUGUUGAAAUUGAAAAUUGUGAUGCUGUCAGCAACGCCAAAGGAAAAGUUACCAAGGUCCAUAAAAAGUUACCCGUGGUUGAGAGGAAGAGGCUGAAGGCUGUUCAACACAUGGAUGAAAUCCUACAGAAUGUCGAGCUAACGUUCAAGAACUUCUCCAAUAUUGAACAGGUUUUGAUCAUUCUUGGUAGUACACCAGUGAGCCCAAAAGAGUCAUUCUUGAUUCGUCUUCCCCACCCUGGAUUCUAUGAAGGGAGAUUAUUGUCAGCUAAAAGUUGCAAAAGUGAGCUGUUCAGAAAACUUGUGUCUUGCGAUUUGUUCUCGGAUUUGAAACAGUUAUCGUCAACUAACUUUAUGGUAUUCAUUCUGGCUCCCAGAAACUCUGGCCUAAAGUGGUUCCAGCCAAAGUUCUCAUUUAAGAUGCCAACUAGAGGGCAUUUGUUUGAAUUCAGCCUUGUAUCUACAGGUAAACUCUGCAAUCCUGAAAUAACCCAAGCUAGCUUAUGUGACCUCGAACUUUCUGGAAUUGAACCAUUGGAAAAGUCCCAGAAUAUGGAUUCUUCUGAAAGGGAAAGCACUUUGAAUAAACUCGAGUUUGAUAUUGAUAAUUUGGAAAAAUUGGAUUUGGAAGCUUCUCCUGAUGAUAAUGGGACCAAACUGGAGGAGUCUCUCCUGAAUAAUGCUUCUCUUAACUGUGGAGAUUCAGAACUUGUUUGGUUCCAAGCUCCUAUUUCUAUGAGAGGUUUUAAGAUUAAGAAUAAGAAGCAUAAUGGGGCUGAUGACAUUUGGGGUUAGACCUAGAAUUGGCAUUUUGUUCUUACUCGGUUUGUAGGUAGGUGCUCAGCCCAGUUUUUUAGGGAAGGCGCCGAACCAAGGGGGGGGUCCAGACCUCCCCUUGCUCACGGCAACCCACUUUUUUUGCUCACCAUAGUUAAUGGUAUGGGAGUCUGUACAAGACUGCAGUGUCUGUCGUCAAGACAGCAGUGUCUGUCGUCUAGUGUUACCUGUUUCAAAAUCACAGUGGCACAUUUCUUAACCGCACGGGCUUGUAACUUGAAACUUUGUGCACAGGACUGCCUAGAUCAGGUGGCCUCCGACACUGAACUACCUUUCAAGGUCACAGAGGUCAAAUGGCGUAAAUUGGUUGUUAGUCUUAGUCUUAGUCUAGGGCACGUUUCUUAACUGCAGUGACCAUUAAUCUCACAUUUGGUAAACAUGUACAGUACCCCAUAGUCAGGUGAUCCCAGGAACUGAAGUUCGGUUCGAUCUGUUUUACAGCUUUGCCAGUUCAUCGGGCCAAAUCUGAAAACCUUAAAAAUAUUUUUAUUGCUCAACUACUUGCCCAAUUGCAACCAAUCAGUUUGAAUCAGGCAACCAAUCUGAUAACAUAUUAGGUACAUCUGUCCACCAUCGUCACAUGGCAUGAGGAAACCAGCCCUGUAAAAUAUUUAGUCGCCCUCCAACUUCAAGCACCCCGCUGAUACUACACACAGUGAUGAUCGGCAUAUUUACCUUAUCUACCUAAUGGCCAGCGUAACCAGUGAUAACACUCAGUCAUGAUCACAUGAUGAUGAACUUGGCCCUUACUGUCAUGAGGCAAAAUUAGAAGUAAUUUGGUCGACUACAAGGCAACCAGGAUGUGAUAGCAAGAUCGGUUAUGUAACAACAUAUGUUGACCUCAGCCUUUGGUCGGGCAACUCAGCAGGAGGUUACCUGGCACAGAUAAGCUGAGAGCUAAAGUCAAUAAACUAUUCCUCAGAAACUCUCCCCUCAUCAAAUAUCCAUCCCCCCCCCGGCAUCUAAGGCAUUUUCCAUUAGUUGGUGGGGGAUGGUUAGGAGAUAAUUUUUACAGGGCUGGUUUCCUCGUGGAUUUUUGAAAAAAUCUGAUUAAUUCUAUUAUAUCUAAAAAUAUAAUGUAAAGAUGCCUGGAGCAGGCCUAUAUUAUCUUGUCCUCUAUUGGAUGACAUUUUUUCAAAUUUUAUUUUCCCCAUAUUUUAAUUAUUAUUUUUUGGGUACUUAUGGGUUUUUUCACCAGAAACAUAAGUUUUUGUCAAAUUGGUCCAAAAAAUAGAAAAAGGUUUUUCUAUCAAAUAAAAAAAUUACAGUUAUUUGUUGAAGAUUUUAGCUUUCUUUUCCCUGUGGUUUUGAAUAAUUGACAGUCAUAUUUGUCGAAUUAUACCCCGAAAUGUCAAGCAGGUCAAAGGCCCGAAAUAUUUUGCGAAACUCGCAUGGGAGAAUACAACUGGGACCCCAUACAAACAAGAUAUCACGGCAAUCAUUUGGAUCAGAUGCGAUGACGUAGGAGCCACUUUUUAUAGUGGAAUCCGUGAUGCCUCCGCACUGUAAAAUUCCGAACCAAACCUGUACUCGGAUUUUGUCGAGUACAGGCAGAUAAGCAAAAAAUCUCUGCUGGACUAAAUCCAGUACGGGGCUAAGAGGGUUAACCAGCAUGAAUUCUAUAAUCUUAACCACCGAUAUCUAUACGAUGAGUGCAAAUGCCCCUGGCCUUUUCAUUAGUUCAUGUGUUGUUAGGGUUGGGCUGAAAUCGCAUAACAGCACAUAAAUUCAAGAAAAUCGCAGGAAUUAGUUGUUCGUAAGGUGCCAAGAGAACCGCUAUACUGCACCAAAUACGUAUCACUUGGGAGCAUCCAUUAAGAACGUAUGCAGAAAAUACCGAUUUUUAGACCCCCCUCUCCCCAGUAUUCACCUUGUACGCAUUGCCUCAACCCUCCUCUACCAGCGUACGCCGAGAGACAUUUUAGCUCAGCUGACGAAGUCAGCGAAGCUGGUAAUAUUACUAAGGGAAUGGUGUCUGUCCUUCCUUCCGUGUCACUUUUGGGCAUUUUGUAACCGCAAGGCCUAGGCACUUCUUUGAUGCUGCUAAAUUAGGCGUAACCCAAGAUCAACUCAGAAACCAAAAAUCAGCACGAUCCGACCUACAUUAAGCGAAUGAGGUCAUCGGGAAGUUAAAGCUUCAUUCCUUUAGGGAGCAUCGAUUAAGUACGUACGCACUGAGGGGGGAGGGGGUAUUAAUGGUCUUGCAUACGUACGCAACCCAAGAACCAUUUUUAGCUCACCUCUUAGCAGAGGUGAGCUUAUCCCAUACCGUGGCGUCCGUCGUCCGUCGUCGUCGUCGUCGUCGUCGUCGUCGUUCGUCGUCCGUUAGCAGGGCACGUUUCGUAACUGUUAGAGCUAUUGAGUUGAAACUUGGUACACAUGUACCCUUAUGUAAUGACACCUUGGAAACCAAGUUUCGGUCCGAUUCGUUUCAUGGUUUGGCCACCAGGGGGCCAAACGUUAAAAGGGAAAAUAUGCAAUAUCUCCCUUAAUAGUAGUCGGGAAAUUUUGAAAAAAAUAUGGUAGGUAGGUACUUCUAGCAAAGGUGCAUCAUAUAUCCUCCGGGUUUUUGAUUUGACCUCCUUUUGAAGGUCACAGAGGUCAAAUGGUGUAAAUUGGCCGUUAGGAUGUAACGAUGGCACGUUUCUAAACUGCAAUGACUAUUGAUACCAAAUUUGGUACACAUUUACCCCUUAGUCAGGUGAUCUAAGGGACGAAGUUUGGUCCAAUAUGAUUCACCACUUGACCACCAGGGGGCAAAAUCCAAAAACCUUAAAAAUGUGAUUAUUCCUUAACUUCUUGCCCGAUUGCCACCAAUUUGAUAUCAUGGGUACAUCUAACCACCAUACAGUAUAUGUCUCACAGGUUUUUAAUUUGACCUUCUUGUCAAGGUCACAGAGGUCAAAUGGCGUAAAUUCGCCGUCAGGCCAUAACUAUGGCACGUUUCUUAACUGCAAUGACUAUUGAUCACAAAUUAAGUACACAUGUACCCAUUGGUCAGGUGAUCUCAGGUACUGAAGUUUGGUGCGAUCUGAUUUGCCGUUUGGCCUCCAGGGAGGGGGCCAAAUCCUAAAUUCUUCAAAAUGCCAUUAUUCCUAGUAAUGACUUGGUGAUUGGCACCAAUUUUAUAUCAUAGGUACAUCUAAUUCUAACAACCAUUCAAUGUGUCACCCGGGUCUUCUUUGAUUUGACCUACUUUUCAAGGUCACAGAGGUGGAAUGUACUGUAAAUUGGCCAUUUUGGGGAAAUUGUAAUUGCUUGGACCUACAUCAAACCUAACACUACAUGACACAAUACCAUGCUCUUUAUCCAUCUUUCCUCCACAUGAGGUGAGCACAAUGGCCCUGGCCAUUUUUAUUUGAACAAAUAAAAAAUAGAUAUUAUCAUAAUAAUCUUCUCUUUCUUAUUCUUAUUUGGAUAAUCAUACUUGUUCUUCACAAGAUGUGCGAACUCAUACGCUUUUGGGUUCGGAUGUUACCCGACUAAAAUGUUUUAGCAAUUUCCAGCGCCGUUUAAUUUCCCAGUAAUGCGUGUCGCCGUCGGAGAAAAAUUGCGCAGUCGACUUGCCAAUACGACACCAAUCCGAUUGUGGCGCCACAAUGUAGCAAAAUCAGGUACUAUGUCUGUUCGUCUGCUAGGGAAUUCAAGGUUCUAUAGGCGUACGCUCGUACAGGGGGAG